UGGAAUAUGGGGACGAUAACGCUAAAUCCUUGUGUAUUAAGACUGCAUCAAAUAUUUUCUAUGUGUAAUCUAAUCGUUUACAGAUAUUUUUGAUCCCAUUUACCCAAAGGGUCUUACGAAAUACCAACCGAGCUGACGAAACGAUUGUUUUUGUAUUUGCUAGCUCGACACAAGCUGAAUAAUAGACGUAGCAAGAAACACACUGCUGGAUUAUCAGCCAGUCGGAAUUCCCUCGAAGAGUGUAUUCGUAUGAUCUCCAGCCAUGGCUAGUCCAGAUGAUUUAAAGUUUCAGGAGUUUGAAGAAGCCGAAGAUCUCCUGUCCUCAAAUCCUGGAGCCUCAACCCUCAGCAUCUCCAGCCCAAACCCAGCAGCAGCCCCAUCUGGAGAGGUCAGACUCGACCUGUCCGACGAUGAAGAGAAUCAGCAGGAGAGUUCAGAGUUGCUUGGAGGGGAAAAGAAAACUGGUGGGUUUUGGACGUUUGAAUACUAUCAGUCGUUCUUCAACGUUGAUACAGUGCAGGUGCUGGAUAGGAUAAAGGGCUCAGUUAUGCCUUUGCCAGGACGGAAUUUCAUCAAACACCACAUACGAAGCAACCCUGAUCUAUAUGGUCCUUUCUGGAUCUGUGUGACUCUAGUGUUCUCAUUGGCCAUCAGUGGGAACCUCUCCACAUUUCUGAGUGAGAUGGGAAAUCCAGAGUAUCACUACAGACCUCAAUUUCACAGAGUCUCCAUUGCAGCAGUCACUGUGUUCCUCUAUGCCUGGCUGGUGCCGUUAGGAGUUUGGGGCUUCCUCACGUGGCGUCAAAGUGUUGAGAGACAAAUCAACGGAUACACAUUUUUAGAGACCGUCUGUGUCUACGGCUACUCUCUGUUCAUUUACAUUCCUACCUCGGUAUUAUGGACCAUUCCUUUCAACUGGCUCCAGUGGUUGUUGAUUGUGGUUGCGAUGGUGAUAUCUGGUUCGGUGUUGGUCAUCACGUUCUGGCCGGCGGUUCGUGAAGACACUAAACUAACGGCUUUCGCCACCGUGGCUGUUAUCGUGGCACUUCACGCACUACUGGCUGUCGGCUGUAAGCUCUACUUCUUCCACACGGCAGAGGACACCCGAUCUCCACUCCCCGGACAGCAUAUAACUCCAGCCUCAAAUCACACAACAGCACUUAAAACUUAGUGAGCGACCACAAGACAACAGAUGAGUCUUAACAUUCAAAGGACAUGAAAAAAUGUGUUGUAGCUGAGCGAUGAAGGAGAUCUGAUUAGUGUGCUAACGCUAAAAGCACACAUCCAUUCCCAGCAAACAGCCUGAAAGUGUUAACUAACCCAGCAGAAGAAAUAACCGCCCUCAGAUCACAAGUAAAAACACAGUAAAACUUUACUGUUGACUUUAGUUUGUGACCUGCCUGAUUUUAUUUUGUGCUAAGGUCACUUAUGUUCAUUACCUUUAAUCUAAUGGGACAGUUUUGAGUUUGACAUUCAAUAUUGAGUAAUUUAAGAGUGAUCAUGCAUUACUGUGAAUUGAUUUGAGGUUUGCCUUACAACCCUUGACGGCUUCCUUUCCUUUCAAGUCUGUUGUAAUUUAAGAGAGAAAACACCAGUGUGAAAUAUAUUUAAUUUUGCUUUCCUGGACAGUUUUUUUGUUGCUUGAUGACACUAUUGAUUAAAACUCUCCUGUCAGGGUAAA